UAAGUUGUAAAACAGAAGCUCGCCAGCUAGCCGCCAUGAUAGUAAUAAUACGCGGUCCUGCAUUUCUACACGCAUCCUUCUUCUAUGUAUACUUGCCCUGCAAGUUCCUAUCCUUCAUGUUUACCAGCCUCAUCACUUAGCUUUCUCUAUAUAUACACACCCGAACACCCCACUUUGCUAUUAAACUAGCUGUAUAACCCAAGCAAUCAUCAACAUUUGAGCAUGAACGCGAAGAACCAUUCUCUGCUAAGCCGUCUGAGGAGGGUGGUGAACAAGGUCAGAUUCCUCCUCAGCUCCGCCGUCCUUAGCCGCACCUGGCAGAUCGCCUCCUUCAUCCGCCGUGCUUCUUCUCUUCCCCGACGCCACCUCAGCUUCACCGAUCGCUCACCAUCUGGCCUGAUGAUCUGUAACUCCGACGAAGUAACAAAUACCAGCCCUGAAUCUUUGGGUUCCUCGAAUAGGUUAAUAAGAACGACCAGUUAUCCUUCCGAUGAUGAUGAUAUCGAUAAGAGAGCGGAGAUCUUUAUUAAUAACUUCAGGCGUCAGCUUCAAUUGGAGAGGCAGAUCUCAUUGCAGCUGCGAUAUUGCAGAACAAAUAGCUUUGAACUUUCUCCAUGAUCGGCUCAUCAUUCUUUCUGCAGGUUUAAUUCAAGAUUGGUGGAGGAUUUGUGUAUAUUUUGGUCUUCCUUCUGGGUUUUUCAGGGAGGGACCUGAUUUCUUGUUGAUCCUAUCAGCUUGAAGAGAUGAUUGUUCACUUGUUUUUUCUUCUCUUCUAGCUUUGGAUUGAUCACAAAUUGUAAAAUUUCUAUCUCCGUCGAUCUCUUUUUCUGGAAGAAUGAUCGGAGAAUUUUUUUUGUCUGUAUUCAUUUGUUUAUUAUUUUUAAUUGUAAUUAAGACACUGUUGACUUAUUUCCGGCAAAUUCGCAAAAGCUUUUAUUGUAUUCAGAUGCACGAGUGCGAGUGUCAUUUAAUUU